AUGAAGGCACCUGAGGCGUACAGAGGGGAGAUACGGCCUCAGCAGCGAAGCGCGCAGAGGGGCAGGGACCGCUCCCUCUGCUACCCUUUCCUCCCGCUGCGGGGCUGGGAAUUCUGUCCGAGCCCCUCGGACGGCGGCCCCGACACUUGGGAGCGUGGCCGUGCUCCGAACGGCCAACCCGGACCGCCCCGCGGCGGCACCCCAGGGUUGGUCUGUUCCGCCGAGCCUCGCGCCUGCGUCUUGCCCGCCCGCUCCCCCCGUGCCCGCGGUGCGAGAUGGCGGCGGCGGCUGCGCGGGGGCUGGCGAGGCGGUGGCUGCGCCCGGCGGCGGCCUUCGCGGGCGUGGCCAGCGGCAUGCCAGAUUCCUGCACGCAACUUACACUUCACCGUCUAUGGAAAGAAAAACGCUUCUACGAAGGUUUCUGAUUCGAUUUCUACACAAUACCCAGUAGUGGACCAUGAAUUCGAUGCAGUUGUUGUGGGUGCGGGAGGAGCAGGUCUGCGGGCUGCAUUUGGUUUGUCAGAAGCUGGAUUUAAUACAGCCUGUGUUACCAAGCUGUUUCCCACCCGAUCUCAUACAGUUGCUGCACAGGGAGGGAUCAAUGCUGCUCUGGGAAACAUGGAGGAUGACAACUGGAGGUGGCAUUUCUAUGACACAGUGAAAGGGUCCGAUUGGCUGGGGGACCAGGAUGCCAUACACUACAUGACUGAGCAAGCCCCAGCUGCGGUGAUAGAGCUGGAAAAUUAUGGCAUGCCGUUCAGCAGAACUGAAGAAGGAAAAAUCUAUCAGCGUGCAUUUGGUGGACAGAGUCUUCAGUUUGGAAAAGGAGGACAGGCUCACAGAUGCUGUUGUGUUGCAGACAGGACAGGACACUCACUCUUACAUACUCUAUAUGGCAGGUCCCUACGAUAUGAUACAAGCUACUUUGUUGAAUAUUUUGCCUUGGACCUACUUAUGGAGAAUGGAGAAUGCCGUGGUGUUAUUGCCUUGUGCAUAGAAGAUGGCACCAUACAUCGUUUUAGGGCAAAGAACACGGUCAUUGCCACUGGUGGGUACGGCCGCACUUACUUCAGUUGUACCUCUGCUCAUACUAGUACGGGUGAUGGCACUGCAAUGGUCACACGAGCUGGGCUUCCUUGCCAGGACUUAGAAUUCGUUCAGUUUCACCCUACAGGUAUCUAUGGGGCUGGCUGCCUUAUAACGGAAGGGUGUCGUGGAGAGGGAGGUAUCCUAAUUAACAGUCAAGGUGAAAGAUUCAUGGAGAGAUAUGCACCUGUUGCUAAGGAUCUGGCUUCCAGGGAUGUAGUGUCUCGUUCUAUGACCAUAGAAAUCCGUGAAGGAAGGGGUUGUGGUCCUGAAAAAGACCAUGUAUACUUGCAGUUGCACCACUUGCCACCACAGCAGCUAGCAACCCGUCUCCCAGGGAUUUCAGAAACAGCUAUGAUAUUCGCUGGAGUUGAUGUCACUAAAGAGCCUAUCCCUGUUCUGCCUACUGUGCAUUAUAACAUGGGAGGUAUUCCUACUAACUACAAAGGACAGGUGAUUACACAUGUGAAUGGUCAGGAUAAAGUGGUACCUGGUUUAUAUGCUUGUGGGGAAGCAGCCUCUGCAUCUGUCCAUGGUGCAAAUAGACUUGGAGCAAACUCACUUCUGGAUUUGGUGGUGUUUGGUCGUGCCUGUGCCCUUACUAUUGCAAAUACAUGCAAGCCUGGAGAGCCAGUUCCCCCCAUUAAACCAAAUGCUGGCGAAGAGUCAGUUGCUAAUCUUGACAAAUUAAGGUUCGCUAACGGGAGCAUAAGAACUUCAGAAGUGCGACUUAACAUGCAGAAGGCAAUGCAAAACCAUGCUGCUGUAUUUCGUACUGGUUCUGUACUCCAAGAAGGCUGUGAAAAACUUAGCCAAAUUUACAGUGAUCUGGCUCAUCUAAAGACUUUUGACAGAGGUAUUGUGUGGAACACUGACUUGGUGGAGACCCUCGAACUGCAAAACCUGAUGCUUUGUGCUCUACAAACCAUUUAUGGUGCUGAGGCUCGCAAAGAGUCCCGGGGUGCCCAUGCCAGAGAGGAUUAUAAGUUACGGGUAGAUGAGUUUGACUAUUCUAAGCCACUCGAAGGCCAACAGCGAAAGCCAUUUGAAGAGCACUGGAGAAAGCACACCCUUUCAUUCGUGGAUAUCCCAUCUGGGAAGGUUACCUUGAAAUACAGACCUGUGAUCGACAGAACUUUGAACGAGGAAGACUGCCAGACCGUCCCGCCUGCAAUCCGCUCCUACUAGCAACUUGCAUUUCACUUGAAGCCCUCUCCCAGACGGGGCCAGUGUACAUAAGCAUAGCACAAGCAAAACAAAACAAUGUUAUCACUAGCAAUGAAUGGAAAAUGCUGACUAAACAUUUCUCCAGCUUGUAUUCUGCUGUGGCUUAUUGUACAAUUAUUAAAAAUAGAAUGCAGGAAAGCUUAUGUUCUUUCACCAAUCUGUCAAAACUGACAAGGACAACACAAAAUGUGUCUAAAUAAAGUCAUUACAAGUCUUGUAUUCGUA